GAAAGUUUUGACAAGCAGAUUUGAUCUCUCAAUGAUUGUGUAAUUACAAUAGAUCAACGAAGCCGUUUUGUAAUAAUAAUCAUGACUGGAAAAUCAUCGAAAAUUUGUAUAUUGUGUGUGGAACCAAUGCUCAAAUAUCCCAGAUCCAGGAUGUCUUUACACUCAUUUCCAUUGUGUCCAAAAAAACGGCAGAUCUGGCUUAAUCGAUGUAGAUUAACAAAUGCAGAAGUCUCACCAAAUUGUAAGAUAUGUUCAUUUCACUUUGAGCCAACAUGUUUCAAAUCCGGUGUUAAGAGACGCAUACUAUAUCCUGAUGCUGUACCAACAAUUUUUAAAAAAGGCCAUGUUGAAAUAGCAAACACGACAUUAAAAAAUAUGAAAGUCAUGACUGGAAAUUCAUCGAAAAUUUGUAUUUUGUGUGUGGAACCAAUGCUCAAAUAUCCCAGAUCCAAGAUGUCUUUACACUCAUUUCCAUUGUGUCCAAAAAAACGGCAAAUCUGGCUUAAUCAGUGUAGAUUAACAAAUGCAGAAGUUUCACCAAAUUGUAAGAUAUGUUCGUUUCACUUUGAGCCAACAUGUUUCAAAUCCGGUGUAAAGAGACGCGUACUUCAUUCUAAUGCAGUACCAACAAUUUUUAAAGAAGGCCGUUUUGAAAUGGCAAACACGCCAUUAAAAAAUACCAAAGAAAAACAAAAAAAAUGCAAUAAAAAUGGAAUUGCUGUCAAGAAUUAUCAGUCGCGUAAUAUUUCAUUAACCAGAGCUACUAAAAAAGUGAUUAACGUACAGGAUCGUCAGUUACGUAAUGUUGUAUUAACAAGAGCUACUAAAAAAGUAAUUACCGAUCAAACUUGUCAGUCUUGUGAUAUUUCACAAACAAAAUUUGUUAAAGAAGUAUUUGAACGUGUGGUAAGUAUAGUAACAAAUAAAAAAAGAGAACUUGAUGAGCUAGAUGGAACUAUUAUGAAACUAGAAAAAGAAAAGUCAUCACUUAUAUCACAAUUGGAAGGUGUAAGAAGUCAAAUAUCAUUAGCUAACACUGUUCAUUAAUUUUACACCUAAUAGUUAGAGCACAUUAAUUAAUCUAUAUCUUAAUCUAUCAAACAGUAAAGAAAUUUUCUGCUUUUUUUUUCUUCUUAUAUCGCAGUAAGUGAUGAAAGUUGUUCAAUACUAAACAUUGUAUUCUAUUUUAAAUAGUUAUUUGAGAAAGAAAUAACAUUCUGAGUAAUUUGUUUGAUAAAGUAAUAUUGUGUUGCUUUUAACAUCAAAAUAUUUUA